GGCUCACGCACGUCCCGUCCCGUCGGCAGCCAUGUUGUUCGUCUGACAGCGCCGUACAGCAACAGGUUGUCAAAGAUUCCCAAUAAAACACUGCAGAAAUUCUUUAAAGGACCCUGAAAGCCGAUUGUCAUCACGUUAAUUCAGAGGACAAUGGAAAAGGAUAUGUUUUCCUCCCAGGAGAUUUCGCAAAGUCAAUAAUGCUGUUGUGUAAUAUGACUGAGCUAGCCAGCUGAGACGAGGAGAUCAGGACCGCUCUCCUCAUAUCCCUGCCACCUGCAGCCAUGAAUGGUGGUCGGAGUAUUUGGGCUAUAUCCCCAGAGGAGAGGGACAAACAUGAUCAGAAGUUUGACUCCCUCUCGCCAGUACAGGGCUUUGUUACAGGGGAGAAGGCACGAAACUUCAUCAUUCAGUCAGGGCUUCCCCAGUCUGUGCUAGCUGAGAUCUGGGCCCUGGCUGAUAUGAAUAAAGAUGGUAGGAUGGACCGGCUGGAGUUUUCUAUAGCCAUGAAGCUGAUCAAGAUGAAACUGCAGGGACAGAAUCUUCCUCCAGCUCUGCCCAUCAUCAUGAAGCAGCCACCUGUGCCAGUUCCAACACCUCUCGGAAUGGGAACUAUGCCAAAUGUACCCAUGAUGCCGAACGUACCCAUUCUGACCCCUAUACCAAUGACCACCAUGAGCCCCAUGCCGGGCAUGACUCCCAUGAUGGGCACAGGGCUGUCGAUGCCAGUGAUGCCCACCAUCAGCACUCCAGCCCUGCCUAAUGGACCUAUUGCCAUUCUACACCCGACCCCCAUCCCUCUCACUUCCACUCUCCCGGUGUCAAGUUCCUUUUCCUCUUCUCCACUGGGCUUCUCUGCCACUCCAAUGAACAAGAACCCAUCUUUGUUGGACCUGGGCUCGAGCAGCUCAAACUCCUCCCCCUCCACAUCACUGGCCAGCAACUCUCCUAAGGGCGGCCCUUCUGAUUGGGCCGUCCCACAGGCAUCACGACUCAAAUAUAGGCAGCAGUUUAACAGCCUGGACAAGCAAAUGAUUGGUUAUCUAACAGGUCCUCAAGUGAGAACUGUAAUGGCUACAACAAUGCUUUCUCAGACUCAGCUAGCUGCCAUCUGGAAUCUUGCUGAUGUGGAUAAGGAUGGUAAACUGAAGGCUGAUGAGUUUAUUCUUGCCAUGCAUUUGGUAGACAUGGCUAAAAUGGGACAGCCACUGCCUAUGGCACUCCCUUCAGAGCUGGUGCCCCCAUCACUGAGGGGGAAGCUCGGUGACUCUGUGAAUGGAACCACUCCCUCAAUCUAUGCAGGCCUGGCUGAGGACCUCUAUGAGUCUGAGCCUCCACAGAAAUCAAGGAACAAUUGGACUUUUGAAGAUAAGUUCAAGAAAAAUAUGGAGAUGGGAAAUGCUGAGCUGGAGAAGCGCCGGCAGGCACUGCUAGAGCAGCAGCGCAGGGAAGAGGAGAGGAGGGCACAGAAGGCCAGAGAGGAGCAGGAGAGAAGAGAGAGGGAGGCACGAGAGCUGGAGCUGAAGAGGAAGAGGGAGGAAGAGCUCAGACUGGAGCGACAGAGAGAACUGGAGAGACAAAGAGAGGAGGAGAGACUUAAAGAGCUGGAGAGGAAGGAGGCAGCCAAGAAGGAGCUGGAGCGCCAGCGGCAGCUUGAGUGGGAGAGGAGGAGAAAGCAGGAGGUCCUAAACCAGAAGAGUGAGGAGCAGGAGGAGAUCAUCAGGCUCCGAGCCAAGAAGAGGAGUCUGGAGAUGGAGCUAGAGGCUGUGGGCAACAAGCAGAAACAAAUCUCUGACAAGCUCCGAGAUGCUGAAGGCAAAAAGAGAAUCCAUAAAAAUGAGCUGGAAAUGAUCAACCAGAAAAGAGACUCCUGCAUCACAGAAAUCAACUCUCUGCAGAAACAGUUAGAGGAAUUUAAGAGAAAGUUGGGACAGUCAACCAUAGAACAGCAAAAACUCAAUGACAGACUCCGCAACCUGAAUCUGAACAAUCUCCCUACUGCGACAGUGAAAACUUUACAGAGUAAUGUGGAAGAGAAGGAUCUUACCUGUCGAAAGCUUAAAGAACAGCUUAAUGCUUUGGAAAAGGAGACUGCAGUUAAAUUAGCAGAUAUGGAUCAGUAUAAGAAAGAAAUCCAGGAUCUCCGAGAGAGCCAGAGGAUGCAACAGUCUGAUUUGGAAAAACUACGCACCAUUAAGGAAGAAAAAAUCAUAGAGCUAAAGAAACGCAAGCAGGAGGAACUGGAAAAGAAGAGGAGAGAAGAGGAAGAGCAAAAACGCAUCAAACUGGAGAAGGAGCAGCAGUGGCAGGAGAAACUGCAGCGUGAAGAGGAGGAGAAACAGAGGAAAAUACAGGAGGAAAGAGAAGCCAAACUUCGUGAGGAGGAGGAGAAGGAGAGACAAGCUCGUUUACAGGCCGCUAGAGAACAAGCGGAACGGGAGCGCAAAGCCCGGGAGGAGGAGGAGAGGAGGCGCAGGGAGGAGGAGGAGGAAGAAAGGAGAGAACAAGAGAGACGCAGACUUGAGGAGAAAAGGAGGCAGGAGGAGGAAGAGGACCGCAGGCGGCGAGAUGAGGAAAGGAGGAAACUGGAGGAGGAGAGGAGAAAACUGGAGGAAGAACGGAGAAAACUGGAGGAGGAAAGGAGGCGGCAGGAGGAGUUAAGAUUGGAGGAGGAAUGGAGAAGAGCAGAGGAGGAGAGACGGGAAGAGGAAAGAAGAAGGGAGCGUGAGGAGGAGGAGAGGAGGCGACACCGUGCACAGGAGGCUGCCAUGAGAGAUGCAGAGGAGAGAAAAAGAAAAGAGGAGGACCGGAAAAGGCAGGAAGAGGAGGACAGGAGGCGUCGGGAGGAGGAGCAAAGGAAACAGGAUGAGGAGAGGAAGAAGAAACAGCAAGAGGAAGAGGCUGCAGCCGCAAGACUGAGAGACGAUGAACAGAACAAGAAGAACACUGUUAAAUCAGACAUCGUUGCUGCUCUUCUGCGCGGCUUGGAGGAGAGGAAAGGCGGCAGACAUCCUCUUGGCACACAGCACAGGAGAUCAGCGGCACUGACGACGUUUAAAGCCCUCUACCCCUUCACUGCCAGAAACGAUGAGGAGCUUUCCUUCGAAAGCGAUGACCUGAUUGAGGUGGAUGAGAGCAUAGAGCGAGAGCAGGGCUGGCUGUACGGCAGUCGGCAGGGGAAGAUGGGCUGGUUCCCUGAGAGCUAUGUGGAGAAGCAGGCCAAAUCUGAGGCUCCACUCGUGGCCAAACAAGCCCUAAAGCCACAGGUCUCCAUCUCUGUCAGCAAACUGAGUGACGGAGCGAGUGGAUCACGGCUGAACUCCGCUUUCACCCCCACUCAUGCCACAGGCUCCGCCUCUUCCAACCAUGGUCAGGUGGUGGGGAAUGUGCAAGCUCAAGCUCUGUGCUCAUGGACUGCAAAGACUGACAACCAUCUCAACUUCUCCAAAGAUGAUGUGAUCACAGUUCUGGAGCAGCAGGAGAACUGGUGGCUUGGAGAGCUCAGUGGGGUUCAGGGGUGGUUCCCCAAAACCUAUGUUACAGUGCUGAGCGCCAGCGAUGCACAAGCAGAUUCCGCUGAAGGAUCUGAUACAGCAGAAGGAUCCAGCUAUGAAGUUACCCUGAACCGUGUUUGUAUGUUGAUCCUGUCAUCGGAAUAUGUGGCGCUGUACACUUACGAGAGCCCUGAGCCUGGAGACCUGACCUUCACCGAGGGAGACACCAUCCUGGUAUCAGAGAGAGAAGGGGAGUGGUGGAGAGGCAGCAUCGGAGACAGAUCAGGAGUCUUCCCCUCCAAUUACGUCAAGCCAAAAGAGACUGAUACGUCAAGUCUCUCUGGUAAACUUGGAACACCUGGAAAGAAACCAGAAGUGGCCCAGGUGACUACUGCGCACACAGCUGCAGGUGCAGAGCAGUUGAAUCUAGCCCCAGGACAGCUCAUCCUCAUCCUCACCAAGAACCCCUCCGGCUGGUGGCUCGGAGAACUGCAGGCCAGGGGGAAGAAGCGUCAGAAGGGCUGGUUUCCUGCUUCACACGUCAAGCUUCUGGGCUCAAACAGCGGCAAAUCUACACCUGCAUCUGCGGCUGUCGGCCAAGUCAUCGCCAUAUACGACUACACUGGAGCGAAUGAGGACGAGCUGAGCUUCUCAAAGAGUCAAGUUAUCAACGUGCUGGACAAAAGUGAUCCUGACUGGUGGAAAGGAGAGCUCAAUGGGGUCACGGGCUUGAUUCCUACCAACUAUGUGAAAAUGACCACCUCUGAUUCUGACCCCAGUCAGCAGUGGUGGUAACACCUUUCCUUUCCUUCAUCCAUAAGAGACCCACUAUCCCCCUCUCACAGUGGAGGUGGUCGUGCUGAAACCACCAUUUACUCACCCAAUCACCCUCCUGCAUCUUUCCUCACCAGUCUCAUUUCUUUUAAACUUAAACAAGGCUU